CAAUCGAUAAGCCGUGGUCGUUCUAGUGACGCACCGUGGCCGUCGUGCUCGCCGCCACUAUGGGGAUGGGGUCGCUGGUCCUCGCCGUGGGGUCCGGCUAGACCUGCCUGACUGGCCGGCGCAGUCGGUUGGCCACGCUGCCACGGUGGGGUUGGAGGCGGCAGGAGUUGCAGCUGAGUGCGAGGAGUGAUAAGAGUGUGCAGAGCGGAUAUCUGCUGCAGAUGGUUUGACAGGGGUGCUUGCUGUUGGGUCAGGGGAGGGGCGGUAUCGACUACUGGUGCUGGUACAGUCUCUGACGCCGAUACCAGUGGCGGCUGGAGCGAAGUACAGUCUCUGGAAACGAGCUGCAGCUCGAUUGGUGAAGGUGGUGUGGUGUGACGUCACACGGUCAUGAGCCCUGUGACGUCACCGUCCGGACGUCACGCGGUGUCAGAUGGUCUCUGUGACGUCACUAAUCUGGAGGAAGUGCCGACGGUACCGGAAGUCCCUGCUCGCGGUCGCUGUCCUCGCCGGUCUGCUGCUUCUGCAGAGCAGCGCCCUAUGGAGCCAGCCGGCCACCGCCAGCGACAUCUAUUGGCUCACCGGUGCUGCCACCUACCGCCCGCCAGAAUGCGACUGCUCUCGGCGCCUGCCGGACCCCAGCAACAGCCCCCUGGUUCGCUCGCACUGCGGCCCGGAGGCGGACGCUCGCGGGCCCGGUCAGAACGUCAUCUCCUACAGCUUCUACGGCUCCAACUACACGGCCUAUCUGCGUGGCGCGGCGAUGAACGCGAAGCGCGCCCGGCGCCUUUACCCCGGUUGGGUGAUGCGCGUUUACUAUCAUGGCAGCCAGCGUGGCGGCCGAUGGGGCACCGAGUACUGCCGAGUUCGCUGCGCGUACGAUCACGUGGACUUUUGUGACGUCAGUCGUCUGGAGGGGUUCGGCGACCUGGGUCGGCAGCGUGGCUCCAUUUGGCGGUUCUUGGUGAUGGAUGACCCCACCGUGACGCGAUACAUCGUCCGCGACCUCGACUCCUUGAUCACGGAGCGGGAGCGAGCGGCCGUCCAGGAGUGGCUCGACUCCAACAAAACGUUCCACGUGAUGCGCGACAGUCCGCACCACGGCAGCGCCAUCCUAGCCGGGAUGUGGGGCGGCGACAACGCGCGCGCCGCCCUCUACCGCCCGCUGAUUCAUCAGCUGAUCCGACCCAGCUGGCCAGCCGUCCGCAUCAGACUGCGAGUGCUCGUCACAUUCUCAGACGAACGGUUCUGGGACCAAGUGCUGCUCGAAUUCGUGCUCUGGCCGGAGAUGUCCCUCCGCCGUGACGUCAUGGUGCACGAUAGCUACCACUGCCAGUCGGACCCACUCAGUCGACCGUGGCCCACGCAGCGUAAAGACAGAGAGGACUUUGUCGGGUACGCCGAGCUGCGCUACUACGACAAACUGCCGGAGGAGUGUCCUCCCGCCUGCCGUCCUCCCGACCACCAGGACUGGCUCUGGUGCUGAGAGGAAUGUCCUCCCGCCUGCCGUCCUCCCGGCCACCAGGACUGGCUCUGGUGCUGAGAGGAGAGUCCUCCCGCCUGCCGUCCUCGCGACCACCAGAACUGGCUGUGGUGCUGAGAGGAGUGUCCUCCCGCCUGCCGUCCUCCCCAGCACCAGGACUGGCUCUGGUGCUGAGAGGAGAGUCCUCCCGCCUGCCGUCCUCGCGACCACCAGAACUGGCUGUGGUGCUGAGAGGAGUGUCCUCCCGCCUGCCGUCCUCCCCAGCACCAGGACUGGCUCUGGUGCUGAGAGGAGUGUCCUCCCGCCUGCCGUCCUCCCCAGCACCAGGACUGGCUCUGGUGCUGAGAGGAGUGUCCUCCCGCCUGCCGUCCUCCCCAGCACCAGGACUGGCUCUGGUGCUGAGAGGAGUGUCCUCCCGCCUGCCGCCCGCCCCAGCACCAGGACUGGCUCUGGUGCUGAGAGCAGUGUCCUCCCGCCUGCCGUCCUCACCAGGACUAGCUCUGGUGCUGAGAGACCUGCGUGAGGAGUGUCCUCGUGGUACUGUUAACCCUCAGGAUCCAUGGCCCCUAGUGCUGAGCUGAGCACUGACGCUUGGAAAAGCGACUGUCAGAAAGGGCUGAUGCUGUGCGAAAGACAGGUCACAGUACCAGGAUGUGAGGUGCUGAGAGACGGGCUGUGCGUGUGCAAAGAACUACCCAGGUUUGGAACAAUGUCGCUGAAAGUUACGUUAGCAAUGGUGCUGAAAAUCGGCUGUGGUGACGAAGAACGAAAGAUGCUAUGCAUAGUUUCUUAGUGUUGUUACAGGACAAGUGUGCGCGCUGUGACACCCCAGAAGGCAAGUAAUAUACGUUGUUGCCAGGCGAUGAUGGUUACGCGCACUAUUAAAAAAGUGAGGACUGGUGCUGCUAAUUUAGACAUUGGAACAAGUACUCAGUGACAUACCUCUUGAUUGUAUGCUACCUCUGUCCUGAUUUCCCACCGCUCUACAGAGAAGAAAAGGCUCAUCUGCCGCCAUCUUCGCUUGUCCUAACAGCACCUGUUUUGAAGACUGUUGUACCUAGUCUGAAGUCUCUGUAUGUGCAUCUGAUUGUGCAGACUGUCUCUCAGACGGAGUUCCUCAGUGGAGUUUGUUCCGCUGUGAUUGCUGCUUCACUAAGUCUAUACUAUGUAUAAUUGUAUAAGGCGUGUCGCACGCGUUGUCACUUCUUGGCUCUGAGAGCACUCGAUUAUUGGACCGGAAGGCGCUCACAUGAUACUUUGAUACACGUCCAAAAAACCUUCCAUGUCGAUAAUUGCUGCUUGGUGUCAGAAGUUCAGGGAUGUUUUAUAGCAGCAGUUUCAUUUAAGCUCUUAAUUUAUGUUUCUGUUGAGAUACUAUUUCGUGCAGGUGCGUUCCGUA